AUGGACCCCGAGGAUGCGGAAAGGCUGGCGGCUGAGAUGCACGGGAAGCCUGUCAAAGGCUGGGACCUUUUGCAGAUCGCUACAGGCACUGGUUUGGCCGCCUAUGUUGUGUGGGCGGGAAUUCUCAUGCCUGGAUUCCGCAAAGUGCCUUUAAAAUUACAGGUGCCAUACUUCCCAGCAAGUGCCAAACAAGUGGAGAAUGUGAUGUUGCUGCUGGAAGGCCGCACUGGAAAGAUGGUGGAUUUAGGGUCAGGAGAUGGCAGAAUUGUCCUGGAGGCCUACAGACAAGGCUUCAGGCCCACUGUCGGAUACGAACUUAAUCCGUGGCUUCUGCGGCUGUCCGGCUAUCACGCCUGGAAGGCCGGGUGCUACGGCAAGGUCUCCUACCUCCGGGAGGAUCUGUGGAAGGUGGAUCUGUCAGACUGUACUAAUGUAACUGUGUUCUUGGCACCUAGUGUGCUGCAGCUUCUGGAAAGGAAGCUGCUCACGGAACUUCCGGAUGAGGCCCGAGUGAUAGCCGGGCGCUUCCCACUUCCCAGCUGGACGCCCACAAGCAUGGCUGGGGACGGACUGAACCGAGCCUGGGCCUAUGAUCUCAAGGCUGUACGGCAACCCAAGCAGGACAAUCCAGAAGGAAGACGGGCAUGA